CUAAGCUUAGUCUAUAUAUUUGGAGUUGUGAGCAAUGGUAAUUGCAACCAUGACUACUGUUCCAAUUUCCUUAUUCCAUUUUCUUCUUCUAAUUGCCGCUAUCUGUUUUACCAUUUGUUAUGCCAAUUCCAACGUACGAUGCAUUCAUAGUGAGAGAGAAGCUCUUUUGAAAUUCAAGAAUGAUCUUAUUGAUCCUUCAAACAGCCUAUCUUCAUGGGUGGAAGGUGGGGAUUGCUGUAAAUGGAUUGGUGUCGUCUGCCAUAACUCAACAGGCCACGUCCACCAACUGUACUUGGCUGCUCCUCUUUCACCUUACGAGCAGUCAGCCCUAGGAGGCAAAAUAAAUCCUUCGCUGCUGGAGUUGGAGCAUCUCAGUUUCCUGGACUUGAGCAAUAACAAUUUUAGCAGCAUACAGAUCCCGAAGUUUUUGGGUAUGCUGCCGAAUUUAAUGUAUCUUAACCUCUCUUUUGCACGAUUCCAGGGAGCAAUUCCUCAUAACCUUGGGAAUCUCACAAAGUUGCAGUAUCUUGAUCUUCGAUGUAAUGAACGGGGCGAUAUUAAAGCAACAAGUCUUCAAUGGAUUUCUGGACUUUCUUCCUUGCGGUACCUUGAUUUGAGUAAUGCGGAUCUUUCUAAAGCAACUAAUUGGCUACAGGUAACUUUCAAACAUCCUUCUUUGGCAGAGUUGUACAUGUUCAAUACUGAUUUAGAAGAUGAUCCAUCUUCGAUCAGUGUUAAUUCUUCAAAAUCACUGGUUGUUCUUGAUCUUUCUGGGAACAGCUUAUCUUCAGUACCUAAGUGGAUAUUUAGCCUUCAUGGUCUUGCGUCCAUUUAUCUUAGAUCCUGUUCUUUGGAAGGCCCAAUUCCAGAUUACUUUGGGAACAUCUCGUUUCUUGAAGUUCUUGAUCUUAGUUUGAAUCAUCUCAAUUCAUCCAUACCCAAUUCCUUGUAUGGUUUAAACCAUCUCCUAUUUCUUGAUCUUUCGUAUAAUGAAAUUGAGCAAGACAUAUCAGAAAUCCUACAGAGUUUGUCUAGAUGUUGUUUGGGUUCCUUAGCUUCAUUGAAUAUGGAAUCUAAUCAACUUUCUGGUCAUUUAACUGAUCAACUUGGCCAGUUUAAAAAUCUAGCUUACCUGUCCCUUGCUCUGAACAAAAUUUUUGGUCCCAUUCCAGUGUCGAUAGGGGAGUUAUCAUCUUUGAAGUUCUUUGAUGUUUCAGAAAAUCAAUUAAGUGGUCAAAUUCCAUUGUCUAUAGGGGAGUUAUCAUCUUUGAAGUUCUUUGAUGUUACAGAUAAUCAACUAAAUGGUACUUUUCCUCUAUGUUUUGGACAACUGGAAAGUUUGGAAAUUCUGCAAUUUGGGUAUAAUCUAUUGGAAGGGGUUGUAUUAGAAACUCAUUUUUCUAAUCUCACGAGAUUGACAUAUUUAUUUGGGUCACAGAACAUGCUUAGAUUUCAACCAAACUCAAGUUGGAUUCCCCCGUUUCAAUGUCAAAAUAUUUAUUUGGGUCACUGGCAUCUUGGCCCAAAGUUUCCCCAAUGGUUAAAGUUUCAAAAGAAGUUGAGUUUCUUAGAUAUCUCCGAGGCAGGAAUUUCAGAUUUUGUGCCCACUUGGUUUUUGAACCUUCCAACUCAAUUUUAUUAUUUAAAUCUUUCCUGUAAUCAACUUACCGGAGGGAUUUCAUAUUUGAAUGUAACAAACACUAUUGACUUGAGUUCAAACCGCUUUACAGGUCCAUUGCCAAGAGUACUCUCAAGUUUGAGAUUUUUAUUUUUGUCAAAUAAUUCAUUUUCAGGAUCCCUUCAUCAAUUAAUUUGUAAUCCAUCAUUAACGGGGAUGAUAACUCUUUACAUUGAUACAAAUUUACUCAAUGGAGAAAUUCCAGAUUGUUGGAAUCAUUGGGAUGUUUUAGCUUAUUUAAAUUUAGGAAAUAACAAUUUAACAGGAAAAAUCCCACUUACUUUGGGACAAACAAAUCCUUCAACGUUAAACCUUCGAAACAAUAGAAUGUUUGGAGAAUUGCCAUCCACAAUGCAAAAUUCUACAAAUUUGAUUAUGCUUGAUCUUAGUGAAAAUCAUUUCAAUGGAAGUGUACCAGCAUGGAUUGGUGAUAAGCUCUCAAACCUUGUGGUUCUAAGCCUUCGGUCAAAUAAUUUUGAUGGUCAUUUUCCUCACAAAAUUUGUGAUCUUCAAUUUCUUCAAAAUUUGGACCUUGCCCACAACAACAUUUCAGGAGUUAUUCCAAAAUGCUUCAAUAAUUUAAGUGCAAUGGCCACAACAAACAAAACCAAAAAUGAACUUUCUACGCUGUAUUUCAUUAAUUACCCAUUUUAUUUGAGUGCCUUAUUGGUGUUGAAAGGGCGAGAGGAUGAAUAUGGUCACACACUAGGACUUGUUACCAACUUGGACCUUUCUGUUAACAGUUUCACAGGAGAGAUCCCCAAAGAAAUUGGUAGUCUCGUUGGACUAUUGUCUUUAAAUUUCUCAGGGAAUCACCUAACAGGAAAUAUACCAGACAACAUUGGCAACAUGAAGUUUUUGGAAUCUCUUGAUUUGGCCAUGAAUCGACUAAAUGGUGAAAUCCCUCCAAGUUUCUCCAAAUUGAAUUUCUUGAAUCACUUCAAUGUGUCGUACAACAAUUUGACAGGACAAAUCCCAACAAGUACUCAACUUCAAAGCUUUGCAAACUUGUCUUACGUGGGCAAUCAUCUUUGCGGACCUCCUCUCACUAAAAACUGCACUACAAAAGGCAUUCCAACUGAUGUUGCAAAUAAUGGAAGUAGCAGUGAAGGAAGUAAAGUGAAUUGGCUUUAUGUCAGCAUAGUUCUUGGCUUUGUAAUGGGAUUUUGGGGUGUAGUGGCUCCCUUGUUUUUCAUCAGGUCUUGGAGGCAUGCAUACUAUCGAAAGCUGGACAAUGUCUAUGGUAAACUAUAUGUGUUUUGGGCUACUAUGGGUAUGUAGUUUGAUGGGAAAAAAGCAUGUAUCAUUGAUGCAUCUGAGUUAGGUGUGCUGCAACUUGAUUGUUUGGUGCUGAAAGAUUAGUUUUAGCAUCUAUCCUUGUUUUGGACCCGUCGUGUGCCAACAAGGUAGCCUACUCACUUGCGUGAGCGGUUUUGUUACAUGCAAACCACACGGAAAGGGUUCCUUUGCAUCUUUUUUGAAGAAUUUUAAAAUUAUGUCUUAUGUUGAUACGAAUGAGGAUUGCGGACAAUAAGUUUGGGUGUAUGGGGUGAGCCUGUUGGCUCGAGUUUAGUAGUCCAUCUCCUCUUUGUGUUUGCUUCUGUUUUGUGAUUUUUUCAUUAAUGAAUUUCUUUUCUCUCAAAAAUAAAAAU